UCAAUCGAACGGGGCUGUGUGGAAAUAGUUUAUGUUGGGGAAAGGAAAAAGAAAAAAACAAAACAAAACAAAGUUAGGGGUUUAAAUUAGUCGCAUGUGAAGAAAAAAAAAAAUUAACAACGACAACGUGAAACAGACGAAUGUUAUGCUUAUAUGUAAAUUAAUAUGCGUAAUUGUGAAUUUAAAGUUUAGGUGAGCUUUGCUGUCACUCGCCGUGAGGAGUCCGAGUGAGUCACUGACGGGGCGACGUUGUCGCGCGCUCGCUAUUGACUUUUGAGCGGUCAUCGAUCGGAUCGAUUUUCUUUGCGGUUACUGAGCGACGAGGUGCGGGAAUGAGUGCCGCCGGGGUGAAGAAGGGGGCGAGACCAGUCGCCUCUGCAGCUGACUCCAACUCCAACUUGUCCGCUCCGCUGAAUGAGAUCCCCGAUGUGCUGGUGGACCCCCGCCGCCGGCGGCGCUACCUGCGCGGCAAGUUCCUGGGGAAGGGCGGGUUCGCCAAGUGCUACGAGAUCACGGACGUGGAGAGCAAGGAGGUGUUCGCGGGAAAGGUGGUGCCCAAGGCGCUGCUGCUGAAGCCGCACCAGAAGGAGAAGAUGUCCAUGGAGCUCGCCAUCCACAAGAGCCUCGAGCACCCGCACGUGGUGGGCUUCCGCGGCUUCUUCGAGGACGAGGACUUCGUGUUCGUGGUGCUGGAGAUCUGCAGGAGACGGUCCCUCCUAGAGCUGCACAAGAGGAGGAAGUCGGUGACAGAGCCCGAGGCCCGGUACUUCAUGAAGCAGACUAUUCUGGGCUGCCAAUACCUUCACAACAACAAAGUGAUCCACCGGGACCUCAAACUCGGAAACCUCUUCCUAAAUGAUGACAUGGAGGUCAGAAUAGGGGACUUCGGUCUGGCCACCAGGAUUGAGUAUGAUGGCGAGAAGAAGAAGACUCUGUGCGGGACGCCCAACUAUAUCGCCCCGGAAGUGCUGUGUAAGAAGGGCCACAGCUUCGAGGUGGACAUCUGGUCCCUUGGCUGCAUCCUAUACACGCUGCUGGUGGGAAAGCCUCCUUUCGAGACCUCCUGCCUGAAGGAGACAUACGUUCGCAUCAAGAAGAACGAGUACAACAUUCCUCGGCACAUCAACCCAGCCGCGGCGUCCCUCAUUAGGAGGAUGCUCCACCCGAACCCCACGCUGAGGCCCAGCAUCUCCGACCUGCUGGACGAUGAAUUCUUCGCAUCGGGCUACAUCCCUGUGCGGCUCCCCACCACCUGCCUCACCGUGCCGCCCCGUUUCUCCAUCGCCCCCAGCAGCCUGGAGCAGUCGCUGCGCCGACCCCUGACGGCACUCAACACGGGAACCGAGAGUCCCGCAGAGAAGGGAGGAGCGGCGGACCAGAAGGGGGAGCCGCAGCAACGAGAGACACCUGAGGCAGUUGUCUGCCACCUGUCAGACCUGCUGCAGCAGCUGACCAGCGUCAACGCCACCUGGCCCUCGGAGAAGCCCGACGUUCGGCAAGAGGAGGCCGAGGACCCCGCCUGCAUUCCCAUUUUCUGGAUUAGCAAGUGGGUGGACUACUCGGAUAAAUACGGUCUCGGGUACCAGCUGUGCGACAACAGCAUAGGCGUGCUCUUCAACGACUCGACACGGCUCAUCAUGUACAACAACGGCGAUAGCCUGCAGUACAUCGAACGGGGUGGAGCCGAGUCGUACCUCAGCGUGCGCUCCUACCCUCCCACCCUCUCCAAAAAGAUCACCCUGCUCAAGUACUUCCGAAACUACAUGAGCGAGCACUUGCUGAAGGCGGGUGCCAACAUCACGCCGCGGGACGGGGACGAGCUGGCACGCUUGCCCUACCUGCGCCACUGGUUUCGCACAAAGAGCGCCAUCGUGCUGCACCUGAGCAAUGGGACAGUGCAGAUCAACUUCUUCCAGGACCACACAAAGCUGAUUCUGUGCCCCCUGAUGGCUGCCGUGACGUACAUCGACGAGCAGCGUGAAUUCCGCACCUACAGGCUCAGCAUGAUCGAGGAGUAUGGCUGCUGCCAGGAGCUGGCCAGUCGGCUCCGUUAUGCACGUACUAUGGUGGAGAAACUCUUGGCAUGCAAGUCGUUGUCCUCGCAGGCUCCCACUGCCCCCUAAUCCCCCCCAGCUCUAUGGGUGUAAAACUGCCUGACCAAAUGGUGUGACAGUUUUCCCCUUUUGAAAUGUGCUGACAAUAAAUGGUUAAUUCUGGUGUAUAUAUGUAAUAUUUAUCGUUAAAGGUUUUAUUAUUCGUCGAACACCUGGCUUCCUUUGGUUUCUUGUGAGGAUGUUCACGUUACAGUUCAUGUGGCAAAUCAAGAUGAUGGGGCAGUCGUGUCUGGGGAAUGUUGGCAUUGUCUUCUUGAGUCUAUUUUGAG